CACGGGGCUCCAGACGGCUGUGACCGCUGGCCCGGGGCUCGCGCGGCUCGGACAGACCUGAGCGCUCGGCUCCCACCCUGCUCCACUCCGCGCCCCGCGCGGAUCUCUGCACCCAGCGCCCCUCGCGCCCUCUCGCCACAGGGUCGGUCCGCAGCCUCCCGUGCGCCCGCACGUUCUCUCUUCCUCCCCGGCUUCGACCCUUCGCCGCCGCCACCCACCAUGGCCCGUGGCCCUGCUCAGACGACCCAACUGCUGCUGCUGCUGCCUCUGCUUCUGCUGCUGCUCCGGGACGCGGGAUGCAGCCACCAGGCACCAGCCUGGUCCGCCCCGCCUGCAGCCGCUGAUGGCCAGGCUGGAGUCAAGGACCCCUGGCGGUCCCCGGGGGACGCCGCCACCACUCUGGGCCCUGGCGCCCAAGACAUGGUCGCUGUCCACAUGCUCCGGCUUUAUGAGAAAUACAGUCGGAGGGGCGCGAAGCCGGGAGGGGGCAACACGGUUCGAAGCUUCCGGUCCCGGCUAGAAAUGGUCGACCAGAAGGCUGUGUAUUUCUUCAACCUGACUUCCUUGCAGGAAUCAGAAAUGAUCCUUUCAGCCACAUUCCAUUUCUACUCGGAACCUCGGUGGCCCCGGGCACGAGAGGUACCCUGCAAGCAGCGGGCCAAGAACGUGUCAUGCCGCCUCCUGCCCCCGGGCCUGCCCACAGGCCAGCACCUGGUCUUCCGCAGUCUCUCUCGGAACACGGCCACACAGGGGCUGCUUCGCGGGGCCAUGGCCCUGGCACCCCCGCCACGGGGCCUGUGGCAGGCCAAGGACAUCUCCCCCAUCGUCAAGGCAGCCCGCCAGGAUGGCGAGCUGCUCCUCUCUGCCCAGCUGGAUUCUGGGGAGAAGGCCCCAGGGGUGUCCAGGCCAAGCCCCCAUGAGCCUUACAUCCUCAUCUACGCUGAUGACCUGGCCAUCUCAGAGCCCAACAGUGUGGCAGUGACACUGCAGAGAUAUGACCCCUUCCAGGCUGGAGACCCGGAGCCUGGCACGGCCCCCAACAGCUCGGCGGACCCCCGCGUGCGCCGGGCCACUCAGGCCACUGGGCCCCUCCAGGACAAUGAGCUGCCAGGGCUGGAUGAGAGGCCGGUGCCCGCCCCCCACGCCCAGCACUAUCAUAGGCACGAACUGUGGCCCAGCCCUUUCAGGGCCCUGAAGCCACGGCCAGGGCGCAAGGACCGAAGGAAGAAGGGCCAGGAUGUGUUCAUGGCAUCCUCACGGGAGCUGGACUUCGACGAGAAGACGAUGCAGAAAGCCCGGAGGAAGCAGUGGGCCGAGCCGAGGGUCUGCUCCCGCAGGUAUCUGAAGGUGGACUUCGCAGACAUCGGGUGGAAUGAAUGGAUCGUCCUGCCCAAAUCCUUUGAUGCCUACUACUGUGCGGGGGUGUGCGAGUUCCCCAUGCCCAAGAUUGUCCGCCCGUCCAACCACGCCACCAUCCAGAGCAUCGUCAGGGCUGUGGGCAUCGUCCCGGGCAUCCCAGAGCCUUGCUGUGUUCCUGACAAGAUGAACUCUCUUGGGGUCCUCUUCCUGGAUGAGAACCGGAACAUGGUUCUGAAGGUAUACCCCAACAUGUCUGUGGAGACCUGUGCCUGUCGGUAAGACCAGCCACUCUGGGGUGGAAGGAAACCGCCCUGCCCCAUUUCCAGCAGGGCAGCAUCCUCAGGGCCUUCCAGGGUAAGGGCUUCAUGAGGGAUACAGCUGCAUAUACAGGGCAGAGCUCACAGGCACCCUCACCGGGUUCCAGAAAGAUCUGUCCCCCAGGGCCCAUUCUGGAGUCUCUCAUUGCUGAUGACUUAGCCCUCCACAUGCCAGUCUGAAUCCCCUGAAGGGAAUUAGCCCUUGCCUGAAGGCUGCUCAUGGUUCAUCCCCUCUGCUCUGAAGACCCGAAAGUCAAAUGUGGCCACCAUGUUGGCUUUUGUGACCAUGAUCUCAUAACCAGGGAAGAAGGCUGCAAAUGUGAGGACACCUGCUCUCGUCACAAGGAAUGAACCUCUGUUCAGACAGUUAGUUGAAAACACUUUGGGCCACAUACUGAUACUGAGACGCAGCGCCUCAAUAAUGAUAUGAACUUUGAAAUUCCACUACAAAAGCUUUCACACAUAUAGUAUGCACGUAUAACCCAUUGUGGUUUUUUUUCUUAAUAUAUAUUUUAUUUUAAGAUAAAGAGAAGGGAGUGGACACCAUUCCCCACAGAGGUAAUCAGGCUGGUUAAGUGUACAUUGUUUAAACCUGUUUAUUGAAAUAACACGUGCAGUAAUAUGUUGGAAUACUAAAAAAUAACCAAGAUUUUUAUAUUUUUGUAAGUUAAACUUUCUAUACUGUAGAUUGUGUAUGUUAUGUGUUUUAUGGAAAGCUAAUAAAUUGAAGGUACAGUGGUA